UGAUUUCAACAUUUUGCUAGUUUUUAAAUCUCUUAGCUGCAUUGCCCCCUCUUAAAUAACUGACUUCCUAAUACCGUACAUACCUGCUUGUGAUCUCAGAUCUGCAGGUCAACUGUUGCUCUUGGCUCCCAGGGUAGAGCGAGAAACUGAGGGCGGUGGAGCAGUUUCAGUAAGGGCUCCACAACUAUGGAAUAACCACUGGGAAUCACAUAAGUUACCUUGUUGUCCUCUUCUUAAUCUGGUUUAAAGACAUAUUUUGAUAACAUGGCAUUUACCUAUAUUUCUUAGGUCUUUGUGUGUGUGAUUGUAUAUGUUUCUAUGUUUGUGAAGCCCUUUGUGAACUUGUUUUUGAAAAGUGCUAUAUGAAUAAUGUUUAACUAUCAUUAUUAUCUUACUGGGUAGAAGUUAGACCACUUCUUAUGUAGCAUUUUUAUUGCCUGUUUCACUCACCAGGUUCCAUCUGUGAUUUCCCUGCUUGUGUGAAUGAUCCAGGACCAGAGUGAAUAUCAGUGUGUGUUCAACACAGGUGCAGUACAAUGUAGCAGCCUAAGGGAGGUGUCUAAGGGCUAAUAAAGAGUAUUAGAUAAGGUCAUCACAGGCCUGUGGAUUACAGUAAUCCUAUCCACCAGCGUUGGGUAUCACACACACUACAUUCCAACAUAGAUGAAGACGAAGAUGGAGGUUACUGCUCGUGCCGCUGUGCUGCUCCUCCUGCUCAUAUCUCAGGCCCCGAGAGCCGUUCACUCACAGGAGGAGGAGGAGGCUGUCCAGAAGGAGGAGUUACAGGAGGAGGAGGAGCAGCAGGUGAUCGAGACGUGGACGAGCAAUGUCAAGGCCUGCACCUGUGACUGUGAGUCUGCUGACUCAUCCACAUUCACCCCCCAGGUCAUCCCACCUGUGCCGCCGGCAUUACUGCCAACGCCACCUCAGGGGCAACCACAGAACUGCAUGCCAGAAUGCCCCUACCACAGACCUCUGGGAUUUGAAUCUGGAUCUGUAACAUUAGAUCAGAUCAGCUGCUCCAGUCAGGACCAGUACACCGGCUGGUACUCCUCCUGGAUCCCAGACAGGGCCCGCCUGAACAACCAAGGCUUUGGGUGUGCGUGGCUGUCCAAGUUCAAUGACCAGUACCAGUGGAUCCAGAUUGAUCUGAAGAAGGUGGGGGUGGUGUCUGGUAUCCUCACCCAGGGCCGCUGCGACGCCGAUGAGUGGAUUACUAAAUACAGCGUCCAGUAUCGCACUGUGGAGACUCUGAACUGGAUCUAUUACAAAGACCAGACGGGAAACAACAGGGUUUUCUAUGGGAACGCUGACCGAUCCUCCACAGUGCAGAACCUGCUGCGUCCGCCCAUCGUUGCUCGCUUCAUCCGCCUGCUGCCCCUGGGCUGGCACACCCGCAUCGCCAUGAGGAUGGAGCUGCUGAUGUGCAUGAACAAGUGCACCUGAAGGGAGCUCGGCCCGCUUCCUCCUCACCCGCCCCCCCUCCCCUGCCAACAAGC